AUGCUCCCAUCUUCCGCUUUUCUCAUCGCUGGUAGCUUUUCUUGACUUAUCAUUGAUUUACCUGAAUUUUUGCUUCUUAAAAUUUGGAUUUUUUUCAAAGGUGCUUAUAAGAAUCAAGUGAGAAAAAGAAAAGAGAAGCUUUUUUUGAAUUAUGUUUCUUUAUUUACAGUUUUUUUAAAUCUUGCCAAGAAUUUUUUUGAAGUUCCUCCAAUGAACCCUAGAACUUUUUCUCUGUGGGCUUGAAGUUUCAGUAAUUUGAAAUAUUUUUUAGACAGACAGCGAAUUUUCGAUUCUGUCAAUAGUUUCUCAACGGUUCAUAAGCAGAACUGGGAAUAACUUCAAAAUUUAAGGUUAGGGCGUCCACAAUCCGAAAACCGAUAAUUUGAGUUCAAAAGAUGAGAUAUCGCUUUAAUUGAACGCAAAUAAAAGGUUUAAUGAAAUAUCUGCAGCUUUAGCAGGAAUCAUCUUUCAGAAGUUCAGACUAUUAAGAAUUAUUUUCUAUUUAGAAUGUUUGAAAUAUUCGAAAAAAAAAUGAAUAAAUUAUCUUUUAUAGGCUGUGUGAAAUUCCACGGAACGACAUUCCGCUGUGCCGCUGCGCGCCUUUGCGAACCGGGGUCGCGCUUUCAAUUUUUUUUUCUUCUAUCAAGGUUCUCUACUUUCAUGUGCUCCCAUAGCGAUAAAAAUCAAUUGAAAGCGUAAGCUAAAUUCGAAAGACGCUUCGCGAACGCGCGCAGCGGAACAGCGGAAUGUCGUUCGGUGAAACUUUAAGUCGUGGCACACAUACUAUAUGUUUGAAAAUAGAGCAGACUUCAAGAAAAUAAACUUUUCUAGAGGAGUAACUUGAAAAAGGCUUCUUGAAAACUUUCAAGUGUUCAAGAGUAGUUGCAUAUUUAUAAGCAGAAUAAGAGAAAAUCAUGUUUUCUUACAGCUCUGUGUGCUCUUCAUGUCUCUGCUCAAAGCGGAAACAUCUACGGCUAUAACUACGACAGUAGUUCUGGUGGCAGCGGCUUGAGUUAUGUUGUCAACCCAAACUACCGAUUUUUGAACAAUCAACUGGCUUCUGAAUAUGCACAAACAUAUCAACAAGAGUCGAGAGCGUAUGAUCAGAGUGAGCCAGGAAAAAACAACACAAAAAGAUUCAAAACGUCCAGAUGGAGGAUCAAGCCAGAACAACUUCCCUGGGUAUUAUAAUGGGCCUCCUAGGACGAACGACCAACAAAAUCAAAUAAACUAUCAAGAUAUUCAACGAGUGAGAUAAUGAAACAGUUUUUUCAUUUUUUUUUUCCUAAUUCAAGGACACCGGUAAUAAUUUUGCCACAAGCACCGCUUCAAGCAACAUCUACGGGUACAACUACGGAUCAGGCAGCAGUUCGGGAUCUGGCAGCAACUACGUCAAUCCCAACAACGUCUAUUACUCUGGUGAGCUCUUUUGAACGGACAGAUAGCAAAAAAAAAACGAACGAAAAGCUCAAACUUUCUUUAUAGACUUUUUUGCUGUUUUGAGUGCUCAAAUGGGCUUCUCAGUGUAUUUCCAAUAGUAAACCUUUUUUUCCUUUUCCAAGCAAACGGAGUUCAGAUUCUCAAACGGAACACGACUUUUCAGGGUCGAGCUCUACGGCAGCUCCUCUCUACUACCCAUUCGGACAGUACCAAGCCAAUACCAACACGAAUCCCUCGUUGAACAACGUGCAGAGAGAUCAGAGCAACCAACAGAGCAGCGGGGUAUACCAAAGCGCAAGCGAUCUGAAAACAACUCGCCUGCGGGACCAACCAGCCUCCUACACGCCGAAUCUUAAGGGAGAAGGACCGAUGCGCGGACCGACGCUCGCCUCCACCAGGUUCUUUGAUCCAGGCAAUAACAAAACUGAGAUGUACUAUCCCUAUCGGUAAGUUCCUCGUUGAAAUGGAACCUGACUCAUCGAAAGUUUGAAAAAUAUGAGAUUGGUUUGGUUGGAAUCUUUUUUUGUUGUAGGUCGGCUCACAAAUUUGAGGCACUUGACCUCGCUUCAAUUUUUCAAAUAUGAAUAUUUUUCAGUUUGACCAAAUCUUUCGUUCUUUAUCGAAGCGACUAUAAAUUUCUACGAUGUGACAUUCUAGAAACUUUUUUUCGAAAGUUUUUCUCUCAGCAAAAAUCUUUUGACUUUUCUUGGCGCAGCCCAGUUUUAACGGAAAAAUUGUAAGUUGAAAACCAUUUUCAGAACAAUAAGAGGUUCAGACGGAUUUUUGUAUGGUCCAAUAGUCUGAGAUUUUUCUAAAAUUUUUUUAGUCUUAUUACGUUUGAAAGUUCAAACUAAACUACUGGAAAUACAAUGAAUUUUUAGAGGCAAUUUCGGAAAUGGAAAAUUGGAGAGUUUUCAGUCCAUUAAUAGAAAAAAUAUUAAAAUUUCGGUUUUACAGCACAUCCACGAACUACAAUCUCCCGCCAACAAACAAUGGCAAUCCGUCUGCAAACCAAGUUUUCUUCAACCCCAGUCAAUCAUCAAGCACAUCAAACAUUCCGAACUCGGGUAGAUAAGUCAGGACAGAGGAACCUUUUUACCCUUUUUGGAACCUGGAAAAAUUGUAAAUUCACUUUUUCAGAUCAAUCUUGCCCUUUUUGUAAUUUUAGUUUGUACAGUUCCUGCUUUUUCCACUGUGUACCAAACACGUCUUUCUCAACAAAUGCUUGCGUUGGAAAUAAAAAUUUAACUCUUAAUAUCAAAUUCAAUCAUUAACAUUGUGAAGCAGAGCAUGCGGAAUAAUUAUGGCACUCAUGAGAUCCGCACCUAUGAAAAAAAAUUGGUAUUCGAUUGACAAAAACCUUUUUUUUUGUUCGAGAAGUGUGAAAAGAGGCAUGAACCCACAAGAGAAAAUAAUAGAAAACUAUCGGGAUAAAACAAUGUCAGCAGAUCGGUUCACCGUGAUUUUUUUUUUAAACAAAAACGAGAAUCCAUCGAAAAAGCUGAAAGGAAAAAAAAUUGACAGCCGUUUUUUUUACGACCAUUAAAAAUGAAGCUAACAGGACCUCCAUUAGAAGAAAACUUUGAUUUAUCCAUUCAACUCAUUAUAGCUCGAAAAGCACAUUGCUUACAUUAGUCCAUCAGUUGAUUCAAAAAAUAAAUUGAUUGAAAUUGACCACUAAAUGCAAUCCAGCAUGUUUUGAACGACACCAAGAAACUUUCUUAGUACUUCUCGCCAAUUUGAAGGGGGCUGUCAAUCGAAUGAUCCUUAUUGGUGCAACGAAUACGUGAAUAUCUACCUUAACGCUGCCACUACUUACAACUCUGUGCCCAGACAGGCAAGACCAAAUCUUUUUCUCUUUUCGAGGUUGUUUCCAUUUUCAGCAAGCUUGUAGAGACUUGGUCAGCUCACUCACUGAAAGCUACAAUGGUUGCUGCAAUACCGUUCGAGGUGCCGGCUGCCAAAUCUAGAAAAAUAAUAUUUGUAUAUUUUUCCCAUACCGGUUAUGUAAUAAAAGUCACAAACUUAUGAUAAAGUUAAAAAAUGGAAAAAAAAUUGAUUUUUUAAAAUUUUUAUGAAGUAUUAAAAAUAAAAGUAGUUGACAAAGAAGGUUGUUUUACUUUGCCGUUAUGGGUUCUCUAUAAACCUUCCAGAACCCAUCUUCAUGUACUAGAUGAAAGGUUAUACAAAUUGAAAUGUACAGAUUUGUUGCGAUUUUAUUUUUAAGCCUUGAACUUCGAAACGACAUAUAAAUCACACGUUCAAAGCUGUUAUUUUUUAUGUAAUACGCUUGAGUUUGAACCGGAUAAAAAAGUCUGACGGAUUGAAAACUGGGUAAUCGAAAAACUUCCUCCGAUUCAUGAUCUUCUAUACAAUGAAGCUUGACAAUGGAAAAAAGAAAAUUUCAUAUUCAGCUUCGAACUCCGAUCGAAAGCAUUCAUGCAUCAGUCAAGUGCUUGACGCUGGUGGGAUUCAGUUUAACUACCAUUGUUGCACAAAAUCCAGUCGAUUUACUUUUUUUUCUAUUUUUUCAACAAAAAAAAUUUUUUCGAGCGAGAAGACUAUGAGGUUUGGUUCGGCUCUUAGUUCAAAAAAAUUUAAAUUCAUCGAAAAAAGUUUUUCUACAUACUUUAUCAAUUGGCUAAUCACUGAAUAAAAAUGAAAUAAUCAAUGUAUACUUUGGGAUGUCAUUCUUAAGUCUCGGCUCAAGAAUACGGAGCCAUCUGAAAAAUAUAUCCAACAAAAAGUAAUUCCAAUUUUUUUUAUAACUCACGCUGAAAAUCAGCCUAAAAGCUAUAGAAUAUAUCUUAAAAUUCCUUGGAAGUCUCCCCAUUUACGUAUCCCAUCCCGUUUUUUUUUGUUUCCAACUUACCUGCUGCAUUCCACGCAGAUCUAUAAAUAUCAUACAAGAUAACUACGACCUUAAUAUUUCUCGCUGGGAACUGAAGAGAUGUGAGACGACAUGUUCAAAGCGAGGGAAUCCACUCGACUGAAAUAGCUAUUCUUUUCCGAAGUGGCCUAGAUUAAGCCCAGACGUUUUGCUUAGGAAACAUCUCAAUCGCAACUGAAAGGACGCAACACCGCCGGCGGAAGCUUACGCAGGACGGAAGGCUACGCAGCGAGACAAAUUACCCGAGCGAUUAAGCGGCCUCGCGAACAAAGAAGGCUUGGCAGCUUGCCAGGACAGUUGUCCGGCAACGCGUUCGCCGUGUUACGCAAGUGUCGGUUCUGCACUGAGUUCCUCCUCGCUCCGAACUCCCCGAUCUCAGGUACCGACAUCGCAAUGGAAGUAUCAGGUAUCUUCACGCUCCAGUCAAAGUUUAGGUUAUAUAAGGAUUUUCUUUCAAAUUUUUCAAGUUCAUUCCUUCUCAAAAAAGCCUGUCAAAGUUUUUCGGUUGGGUGGUAUGUUUUCGAAGCUGCAGGUGUUUAUUAAAACAGAAAAGGUUAUAAAAGACCUCAUUCGAUUUUACUUUGUUUCUUCCGGGUUUUCGAAUUGCAAAAAAAGUUUUUGAGCGAUAAAAAACUUUUUUCCUGUGGCAUACAAAGAAAGUUUCCAGCUCAGAAUGAUUUUCUAACAAAAUGGAGGAAAUCGAUUUUUCUGAUGAAACUCUACCUUGAGAAAAAAAUUUCUCUUGGAAAGCGUAGUAAAAAUAAAGAAGACUCCUAUAUAAAGCGUACAGGCUUUUUGGGAGAUUCAAAGAUUCUUUUUUUGCGAAUGACUUUUUGUUUGCACCCACACCGUCUUCUCAUUGAUUUGCAGAAUCAGCGAAUGUCAUAAAUGCUAAUAAAAAGUGAAUGGAUUGUAUGUCGAUGAAAAAAGAUAUUUGACUUUUGCCCCGAGGCUGCUGAAGCAUGCGAAAUGCGCGGUUCAUUUGCGUUGGUGGUCGCGUUUCGACUGUAGACCGAUCUUCCAUUCUCUUCUAUUUGUCGCUCAUUCGCGCAUCCUUUCGUAUUCCAUCCACAUUGAGAUCUCAAAGAACUUUUUCCUUUGCUUUCUUUUUUGGCUUCCGGCAAAACACGUGGCGGCCUUUUAUUGCGGUUCAUCGGCCACAGGCGGAGCUUUACGAGCCCGAAAAUCUGUGGAAAAAUUUUUCUCGUGCUGAUCGCUUGCAAAUGUUCGGCAUUCAGCAAUGCUUUUGUUGCGUUCAUUGGCAUUUUUCAGAACUUCUCGAACAAAAAAUCACAACUUACCUGAAUAUGAUAUUUUUUAUUUUGACUCAAACUCUUUUUGAAGUAAAAAAUUGAAAAUGUAACCUGAAACAUUAUUUUGUGCAUGAGUCUUCAAGUUCAUCAAGUAACCUGAAGUCGAAAAUCAUCUAGAAACCUGAAUCAAAAAAAAUAACUAUGACUGAUCAGCAAGUUCAGCAAAAUGAUUGCUGGUUGUCAAAUUUUGAGUGGCUUCCCGCUUUUUUCUUUGUGUCCAAAAGUUUAAGAGCGAAUUUAUUGAGCUCAAAGGCGUAAAUUUGCUUUUUUUUUGAUUUUUUUCAUUCAAUCUUACAGCUGUCUUUCAGCCUAACUUUGUAAAUAGGAGUGAAGUUUUUCUCUAGUUUUUGAAUUAUUUCUAAAUUUUUGGAACAAUUGGAAGUUGAAAUUUGAAAAAAAGGCUCUAUUGAAAUUUUUCCAUAAUUUUAAAUGUUUUUUUCCGAAACAAGAACUUAUUUUUUUCGAAAAAAACUCACUCGAGUUCAAGUUUCCUUUUCAAAUAAGAUGGGCAACAUUGAGAGCUAUCCACUGUUACAUGGCCAUAGAAUACUCACAAAAAAUUUCGUUUCUCGAACUUGUUCAUGAGGUGAUUUUGGAGAAAAACAAAGAUUAAUUUUGAGCGUGUCUAUUACCAAAAAUAGUUUACGUGGGAUGCUAGCAUUUCGCACACAAUAAUGUGUGUUUGCACAUUUCGAUCGGCGGAAAAUUCAGAGAGAAGGCACGUUUUUCAUGGGCUUCUCGACCUUGGGCAUGAAUUCCCUCUCAUUUAUUUGCGAAAUGAGUCAAGACCUUUCGCAGAUGAUUGAGUUGAGCAACGGCUGAGUUCAUUUGAUUAUUUCGGCUUGAAUUGGUGUUUUUCUUUUUCUCAAUAAAUAAAUCUCAAUUUGGGUCAAUCAUCUAGAUCAAUCUCAUCGAACACUUGAAUUUCUAGAGUUGGCGCUAUUCAACGGAUAAAAACCAGCAGACCAACACCAUGCUGUUUUUAAAUUCACAUCAAAAAACUCGGGAUUUUCGUCCAACUUCUCCGGAAAUCUACAAAAUCUGAGAAUAAGUAGAGAAGCCUGAGGAAAAAAAACUUUCUUGUUAUUGAAAGGAUAAUAAAGCACUGAAUUUAUCUGUGAGUCCGAAAAUUCGAAACUUUUUCUAGGAACUUCCUGGUUCAAUUCAAUCUAAAUUACUUUUUUUGAAAACCUGUUCAACCAUCUAAAAGAGACAUUGAUGACUCACAGUGUUCAAAAAAGCGCGGCGUUUGUGUCGUAUUUUGGAUUGGCAAAUAUCCGGGAGUUUUUAUAUCAAUGCUCUCUAUUAUUGUAUCCGUUAUCUGAUUGAGAGUUCUCUCAAAGUUCCUUUUUUGUCAAUCAUCUUCGAAGUCGGGCGGUUUGUUCAUUUUAUCUGAGGCUCUAUUGAUUGCUAGAAUAAAAUUCUAACAGCUCUCUUUUCAUGGGAAGAAAAGGAACUGUUAAAAAUUUAGCGUUCGUCUGUCAGUCAUAUCUUCACUCCUGUGCUCUUUUUUCUCGAAGUGAGAGUAUAAUUUUUCGUUUCCUCUUUUGCAACUCUCGCGUCAAUGUUUCAGUGAAGCUCUGUGUAAUAAAGCCGCCCGGAAGUAUAUUGUUUACUUCUGGUUUACAACUUUCUCUUUUUUUCUUGAAUUUUGGUUCUUUUCAGUUUUUCUUUAUUGCGGUGUUAAAUUUAAAAAUGGUCGUGUGGGCUAUGACAAAUAGCUUGUAAGCGUGAGAAUGUGGUUUUGUGUCAGUUACCUGAAGGAUAUAAAACUGGAAUCUAUUAAGAAAACUUUUUGUGCGACUUUUAUUUUUAUUUUUCAAAUAAGUUUUCAAACAGUCCAUUCUUCACAGAACUCGUGGAAGAACAUGUUAUUUUUAGAAGAAUACACAGUUUUUUUACUGUUUCUCAUAAAUAUUGUUGGGAACAGUGUGAUUUCGAGGUACCUGAUGUCAUUUUGUUUAUUUUGCGGGCCUUCGGCAAAAAAAAAUUGGCGUGUUCAAACGGGUUCACACACGAAGCGCAACAAUACAUCGCAAUUAUAGUAUUUUGAGUACCUUCGAAGGUAAAUAUCCAAAGAAAUUGGAACGUGAGGUCCGAUCGAAUUUUUUCUUCUUUUUGUUUUGUUCUAAACCAGGACUUCAAGUUUUUAUACGAUCUCAAGUCAGGAUCCCUUUUUCUUUAAGGAAAGUUUUAUUUUUUUUCGAAGAAAUUCGGAACGAUUUUUGGUUUGACCUGUUAUCUGCGUUUUCCCCUACAACAAGAAAUCCAUUGUUUUUCGGGCGACGUUCAAUUUUUCGGAAAAUUGUUUUUGCGUCGUUUUCACCAAACGGCAUCGAAAUGGCUCGAAAAAUGGGUCCAGAAUGAGGCGAAGAAGACGAAUGAUCAAAUGUCGCGAGAGAAUAGCCUCGGAGCAAAACGCGGAAAACUUUUUGGUCUCCCAUCUCCGAUUGCCGGAUGCUUUUUCUCGUUUUCUUCGGACGAUAGUUAUCUAAUCCAAUGGUCGGCUUUUUUUUUGUUGGGACUGCACUAGAUUUUGUAGGACAAAAUCUUUGCCCUCUUUUCUCCCUAAGAUUCUGCUUUGCCCGCUGUGCUGAAUAAUACUCCAAAUUAUUCACCACGUUUGAGAAUGUUAUGUUAUCUCCGGAGGUUUUUUUUUUUAAUCCACAAAAGGGAAAAAAAACCUUUUGAAUAAAAUAACACUUGUCUGGGUCCUUUAAAAAAAUUCAAUUGAGUUGUAUCAAUUGUUAUUUCAUUGUUGGAGAUUUCUCAAGUACGAUUCAGUUUUUUUUUCAAAAUGUUUUUGGAGAACCAUGUCUCAAAUUUCAAAAAUUACACCUAAAAGAACCAUUAAUUGUACUAUAUUAUUUUUAUAUGGCAAGAAUAAACCUGUUUGAUAUGUGAUAUAUUUUCCAAUGGCUUUACCUUUCUACUUUUACAAGCUCUUUUCAAACAGACUUUUUCUUUUCCGCAGAAACUCUAGAAAAAUUUGUCAUGCCUUUUGACCUUUUUUGUUUUCUCAAUUAUUUGCUCGUCACUAUCAACCUUCACUCUUUGUAGCUUUUGUGAUCAUCUACUUUCUUGAGAUAACACUCGCCAGAGUCAUAACCCCGGUUUAUGUGGCUACAUGCGUGUGCUACCCACUCAUUUACUAUUUGCCCGAUCGUCGGUGAACUUUUCUUUUUGUUCGUAUUCAUCCAAACACUGCCGCCACAGCGUUUUUUAUUUCAAAAACAUUAAAUCAAAAAAGUUCAGGUUGGAUAAACAUUUUUUGCCGUCUGCGAUUAUUCAAGAUGUUGGAAGUAGAGCCGCUCAACGUCGAGUGUAAGCUCUCGGUACUUGAAGCUCAAUUGGCUCAUUCAAAUGACAAAGUUCGUCGUGUUUUUGUUCUGAUACAACUGAUAAAAAGGUCACUUCGGCGUUAAAUGUGGAAUUCCUUAUAUCUUCAACCAUAAUUAUAUGUAUAUCCAGAUAAAACUCUUUCCUAUGUAGUUUUUAUAAGUUUCCUGAAGAAUACUCUGAAGGUUAAGAGUCGUUAUAGCCGCUACUUACUUCAAAAAACAACUGAACCGAAUUUCAAAAAAAGUUGCAAGUUUACCAACAUAAUCCCAUUAACAAUGAAAAACUUCGAAGUCUCUAAACCAACUUUUGAAUAGCUUGUGAAGUUCAAAAUUUUCAAGAUAUCUUUGGCAAACCUUCAAUAAUAUAAGAAAAUAAUUGAAAAUUUUUAACAUGCUUCUGAAAUAAUUUGCACUAUGAUUGGUAAUUUGAGAAACGAAAAAUAAUUUCAGAUUGCCAUGCGCGAAAACGUUAUUAUGCAACUGGAAGAGGAAAUCAAAACUAAAGAACGUUUGAUCUACGAGCAAAGCCACCUUAUCAGUAUUUUGGAGAACGAAGUUCCUGAGUCCAAAUAUGACACAGUGAGGAAAUUUUUAACAUUUUUGAGCUGAGUUUCAAAUAAAUUUCGUAGUAAUUGGUCUCGUGUAAAAUAUUGUUCCGGUUUUCAAAAGCGUCGCAAGACGACUCGCACCGAAGGACAUCUGAAAAUAUUGAAAGCUCUUAAAUGGAAUGAAAAGCACAAUAUCAAACUGUACUCUCUAAGUCAUUGCAAGAAGAUCAUGACGUUUUUUGUCAGGAAAUCUUUUUUUUUAAUAAAAGUUUUUUAAGGAUUCAAUCGGAAGUGAGAGUGAAAUCACAAUAAUUGAACGAGAAGUUGCGUCAAGCAGCUCAACCUCGCCCUGCGCUUCUGAGAAAAGCUCGAGCAGCUCUGGAAGGAGCGAUGAUCGGCCUUGUGUAGAUGACUGUCUCAGACAUUGUCGAUGCAGAGGACGACUAGAGCAGGUGAAAUUUCAUAAUUUUUGGCUUGCCUCAUUUAACUUUUUUUUUGCGAAACUUCUUUGAUAAGUGACUCAGAUGUAAUCUGUUCGAAAAAGUUUUAUCGUUCUGUGCUUUGUGAUUUUAACUUUACGGCUCUUUGAACACACAAAGUUCAAAUGAACGCAACUUUUUCGACACGUCAAUGAAAACGUCUGACGUUGUUGGUAACCAAUCAACGGAACAACCGUAGAAAAGUAACUAAAUAUAUAAAAAAAUUUCGAGGCAUUGCUGGACCGGGAACGGCUUGAACUGCAAAACGAACAGCUGCUGAAACAAUGGGAAGAAGCGUUGGAAUACGUUUCCAGUGUAAUAACUUGAAUAACUAUUCACAAAUAACAUUGAAGAUUGAAGGUUCAACGACAACUGCAGGAGGAACUCAAGAGAAACACGAAACACUACAUAUUUGAUCCCGAGAUAGAUCAAGAAAGCAUUGUCAUGUCGAAAUGUUUCCUCAAGUUCAUUUCCGUCUGCGCUGUCCUCAUAGCCUUUUAUUUAUACAGUAUUUGA